AUGAGAAUAGAGGCAAUUCAUACGGAAAACUGUGMAUCCACAGGUGAAGGUUCACUGGCUGGKGUGCAUGAAGAAACACAAGCUCGUGAGAUUUACGAGGAGAUGAAAAGUGCUGGGCAUCAUGGCGGACCAGUGUGGGUUGGAGGCAAMAAAASAUCAAAGAAUUCUUCUUGGUCCUGGGUGGAUUCCACUUUCGAUGAAUUUGCUAAGUUUUGCGAUAAGCAAAAUUCACACGAUGAGAACAGCUGUCUGGAGAUCUCUUAUGGUGCAGAUGACGACUCUGGAUGCCUGAGUGGCACGAAAUGUGACGWUAAGCUCCCGUCUGUCUGUGGCAUCCUGAUCUACUAGCUGAAAUGAAUCCUCAACARAUUCCAGUUAACGUGCCUCUUGGCCAUCACUCUGGCAUUUCUUACAUUUCCUUAAAUGUUUCUGCUCUGCUGCUUUAAUAUCACAAAAAACUGACCAAAACUAUACUAGAUACUAGUUUUAGUCCUUAGGCAAAGAUACCUUCUGCUUGUAGUGCAAGAGAAAGCAACUUAUCCUUUAACAACUUUCCAAAUAAAGUCUUUAGCAUUGAUAAAAAGUAAAA